AUGGCGGAGAUACCAAGCAUGGUCCCAGAAGUCCCGAGCAUGAUCGAAGACACCCCGGAUAACCUCCCAUCAUUCGCACCCUCACGCCGAGCAACAGUUCCCGGUCGUCGAUCGCCAUCAACACCAGCCCCAACUAUCUACCUCAGAGGCUUCAACUGCAUCGCCAGCGACCCAGAGUACCACCUCGCACGAAGUGUGACUGGAAACGUGCAGCCGUACUGGUUUGAAGAAACGCGGAAUCCCGCAGUUCACUAUGGCCCCUCUCGAAGACAGAGAAGAGAAAAUGCGACCCGACGAGCUGGUCAGGUCGAAGACACUUAUCUCGUCAUUCCCAACAUCGAGGAAGCUAAGCGGUCGGACGACAAGACGAUGCAGCGAGAAGAGGCGAAAGAAGCAUUUCUAGAAGCCAUGUGGCCAACCAUCCGCGACGAAUACCUUGCUAUGUUCAAUCUAGCAAGCCUCGCGCCGAAGCAAGAGAAGAGGAUGAAGAAGGACACGAUGAUCUAUCUAGAAGAAGAGUGGGAUAUUCUGGAGGAAGAGCGCAGGGCUGAGACUAAGAAGCAAGAGGAGAUGGAGCAGCGUAAGCCUAUCGUUCGCUUGCCGGUUCGCAACGUUUCGGAUGGGAAAGGAGCGUCGGAGAAGAAGUUCAAGAUGAAGGGGAAGGGGAAGGGGAUGGUGAAAGUGAAAGACGGAAGUGGGGUGGAGGCGAAAGGGGAGAAGAAGGGGAGUAUCUCGCAGAGGCUGAGGAAGGUUCUGGGUAUGACUGCGAGGCCGGUGGUGAAGGAUGGGGGUGUUGCGCCGCCGUUUCAUCCGGUAUUGUGA